AUGGAGUCGUACACCAGCAGUGGCACGGCCUCCGCAGCAGCCACCGAGCGGCCGCACGUCGUGCUGCUGGCCAGCCCCGGCGCCGGCCACCUCAUCCCGCUGGCGGAGCUGGCGCGGCGUCUCGUCGAGCACCACGGCUUCGCGGCCACGCUCGUCACCUUCACAAACCUCUCGUUCCCUGCGCAUGUCCUCGCCAGCUGCCAGCUCCCAGCGUCCAUCGCCACCGCCACGCUCCCCGCCGUAGAUAUCAGCGACCUCCCAGCAGACUCCGACAUCGACAUGUACGUGCAGGUGACUCGCCGCUCGCUCCCGAACCUCCGCGCCCUUGUCCGCUCCAUCAGCUCCACCGGCGCCCGGCCGCUCGCUGCCCUGGUCCCGGACUUCCUCUGCUCCGAGGCGCUGCUCGUCGCCGCCGAGCUCGGCGUUCCGGGAUACGUUUUCGUCCCCACCAACCUGGCCUGGCUUGCCCUCCGGCGCCAGCUAGUGGAGCGGCACCACGGCCUCGCUCCCGGCGAGUAUCGCGACUUCCCGGAGGUUGUCGAGCUUGGCGGGGGCGUAUCGAUGCGCCGCGCGGACCUCCCGGUCGUGUACCAUGAUCCCAAGAGGCUGGCUUUCCCGCUGCUUCUAGAGGGCGGCCGGCGAUUCCUCCGUGCCGACGGCUUUCUGGUCAACACCUUCUACGAGAUGGAACCUGGUCUCGUGGAAGCGUUCAAGCUUGCGACGGAAGGUGGCGCGUUCCCGCCGGUGUUCGCCGCGGGACCGUUCGUUCGGCCAGAAUCCGACGUCGACGCGUCGCCGUGCCUGGAGUGGCUGGAUCGCCAGCCGACAGGCUCGGUGGUGUACGUCUCGCUCGGGAGCGGCCGAGCGCUGUCGCUGGAGCAGACCACCGAGCUCGCCGCCGGUAUAGAGGACAGCGGCCAGGGGUUCCUCUGGGUCGUGCGGAUGCCUGCCCUGACGACGUCGGAGUUGGAGACAACAGCCGCCGGUGGAAACAAAGACGACCCGUUGGCCUGGCUCCCGGAGGGCUUCUUGGAGAGGACGGCAGGCAGAGGCCUCGCCAUCACGGCGUGGUCGCCUCAGGUGCGUGCGCUCUCUCACCCGGCCACGGCGGCCUUCGUGUCCCACUGCGGGUGGAACUCGACGCUGGAGAGCGUGCGUUGUGGAGUGCCGAUGGUCACGUUGCCGCUAGGCGCGGAGCAGAAGAUGAAUGCAAUCAUCUUGGAAGGGAUACUUGGCGUGGCGCUACGACCGGCGGCGCGAGGAGAUGGCGUCGUCGUCCGUGAGGAGAUCUCGGCCGCUGUGAAGGAGCUUCUCGCGGUGGGGGAGAAGGGGCGGGCCGUGCGGAGUCGAGCCGGACACAUGCAGCAAGCUGCGGUGCGCGCAUGCUUGCCGGAAGGGUCGUCGGGCCGCGCGCUUCAUCAAGUCGCUACCAAGUGGAAGGCGGCAUGGGGCAUGGAGAAGUGAAC